AUGGUUCGGUUGUUUCAGAGCGGCAAAGGCAAAAACCAGCCAACCCUUGCCGAGACGUUCGCGACGAAAGAAGGCACUUUCGAGCUGACCGCAACCCUUGAUCACAUUUUCCACCCAGAUAUUGUCGUCUACCAUGACUGCAACGACGGCAAGAAGCUGGGCCUUCGUCGUUUCCACUUUCGCGUCCCCGAGCAUUAUGUAACUGCCGGGUCUAAAGCGCAAAAGGUGUUUGACUUGGGAAAGAUUAACCUGGAAUUUAAACCUUACAAUGAGGAACGCUCAAAUCAACAUCGACGACGUCGAAACAAGGAAGUCGUAUCCUGCGAUCAAUGUACGAUCGAGGAAACCGUCAAAAUAGACGAAUCCGCCGAAGCGACGACACAAAAAUCCAAAUUCCACGGCCUCGACGAGAGUCCGGAGGCCAGAAUCGAUCCCUGG